CCUUCCAGCAGGCCCAUGAUGCAGGUGUCCCAGGUCCCCAGAGCCAAGACAAGGAGAGCACUGGGGGUACCAGUGGCUAGUUUGGUGCUCCUCUUAGCCACCCAUUAUGGCCUGGGGACUGCCUAGUGCUUCCAUCCUGGCACACUUCUGCCAGAAGCUGAAUCGACUGAAGCCUCUGGAGGAGUCCAGCAUGGAGACAUCUCUGCAGCGCUGCCUGUCCACGCUGGACCUGACCCUGCUGGGUGUGGGUGGUAUGGUGGGCUCAGGCCUCUACGUGCUCACGGGUACAGUGGCCAAGGACAUGGCGGGCCCUGCUGUACUCUUGUCCUUUGGUGUGGCUGCUGUGGCCUCCCUGCUGGCAGCCCUAUGCUAUGCAGAAUUUGGAGCACGUGUACCACGCACAGGCUCUGCAUACUUAUUCACCUAUGUGUCCAUGGGUGAGGUGUGGGCCUUCCUCAUAGGGUGGAAUGUGCUCCUAGAAUACCUCAUUGGGGGUGCUGCUGUGGCCCGAGCCUGGAGUGGUUAUCUGGAUGCCAUCUUCAGUCAUGGCAUUCGCAACUUCACUGAGUCUCAAGUGGGUGUCUGGCAGGUGCCCUUCCUGGCCCGCUACCCAGAUUUCCUGGCUGCUGGCAUCCUACUUCUGGCUUCUGCUUUUGUCUCCUGUGGAGCCCGUGUUUCCUCCUGGCUGAAUCACACCUUCUCAGCCAUCAGCCUGAUUGUCAUUAUCUUUAUCAUCAUCCUGGGCUUCAUCCUGGCCCAGCCCCACAACUGGAGUGCUGAGGAGGGUGGCUUUGCACCCUUUGGCUUCUCUGGUAUUAUGGCUGGCACUGCCACCUGCUUUUAUGCUUUUGUGGGCUUUGAUGUCAUUGCUGCCUCCAGUGAGGAAGCCCAGAACCCACGACGGGCUGUGCCCAUGGCCAUUGCCAUCUCCCUUGGUCUGGCAGCUGGUGCCUAUAUCCUUGUCUCCACUGUACUAACCCUCAUGGUGCCCUGGCACAGUCUGGACCCUGACUCAGCACUUGCCGAUGCCUUCUACCGGCGGGGCUACAGCUGGGCUGGCUUCAUCGUCGCAGCUGGCUCCAUCUGCGCCAUGAACACCGUCCUACUCAGCAAUCUCUUCUCCCUGCCGCGUAUCGUCUACGCCAUGGCUGCAGAUGGGCUCUUCUUCCAGGUGUUUGCCCGCGUGCACCCUCGGACACAGGUGCCCAUGGUGGGCAUCUUGGUAUUUGGUGUCCUCAUGGCUCUCCUGGCACUGCUGCUGGAUCUUGAGGCACUGGUCCAGUUCCUAUCCAUUGGCACUCUACUGGCCUACACCUUUGUGGCCACCAGCAUCAUUAUUCUACGUUUCCAGAAGGUUUCUCCACGCAGCUCCCCAGGCCCAGCCAGCCCUGGCCCCACAGCCAAGAAAUAUGAUUCCUUCUCAGACCACAUACAGCUAGUGGGUGCUACACAAGCCUCAAUUCCUGAGCCUGGGCAACUGAGACCAGCCCUGAGGCCCUUCCUGGGCUUCCUUGAUGGGUACAACCCUGGAGCUGCUGUGACUUGGGCACUUAGCAUCCUGGUGAUCUCAGCCAUCACCCUGGGCUGUGUAUUAGUCUUCGGAGACUCCGCCUUGCACCUCCCACGGUGGGGCUACAUCUUGCUUCUCCUGAUCAGCAGUGUAGUAUUUCUGCUUUGCCUCCUGGUCCUCGGGGCUCACCAGCAACAGCACCGGCAAGACACUUUCCAGAUCCCCUUAGUGCCUUUGACUCCAGCCUUGAGCAUCCUCCUCAAUAUCUGCCUCAUGCUGAAGCUGAGCUACCUGACCUGGCUGCGCUUCUCCAUCUGGUUGCUGAUUGGACUCACUGUGUAUUUCGGCUACGGCAUUUGGCACAGCAAAGCGAACCAGCAGGACCCACCAGAGCUGACCACCACACGAUAUGUGGUAUUCCCCAGCGGCAGCCUGGAAGAGACAGUGCAGGCUGUGCAGCCCACUAGCAGGGCACCAGCUGAGGAACCUGGCUGCAUGGAGUAGCUGACCAGUCUGUGAGGCCAACUCAUGCUUAUUUUGCUCUCCCCAUCUCCUCAAGAGGCCAGAAGAGCUGGGAGCUGCUUCUGUCCAGGGCAAUUUGGGUUCAUAGUUCUGCCCAGUCUGAUGGUUCUCAGGACUUUAGGACCCUAACCCAGUUACUACAUUUUUCUGGUCUUCAGAUAAUGGGUCUUGGCCAGUGUUGGUACAGUGGACUCUUUGCCCAACACCUUCCUGUUUCUGAUCAAUUCCAGCCAUCUGGGUGGGUGGGUAGGGUGGGCAGGGAAGAGGUUGCAGUCCCAGGAAUUAAUAAUAACUGUUCAGCCAGCUUUAUAGUCAGCCACCAUGUCCAUUGUGGAAUUCUCUGUGCUACUGAGUCCUCACUUGCCUUUGAGAAUCAGGCAAUUGUCAAAUCCAUAGCAAAGACUAAAAUUUCUACAAAGGUCACCCUGGGACUACCCUGAAUCAGGGACACAGCCAGGCCUGGGUGCAGGGAUUUUCCCUCAGGCCAGUACUCUCUGCCUGGCUUAGAGAGAAGGCAGGGAGGCAAAUAGGGGAUCAAGGAGCAGAGCCUGGCCCUCAAAGAGGUUGCCUAGAGAAGGUAGUGGGGUUCUAGAGUUCUCUUGGUUUUUCAGGGCUCCCAUAGAGCAUAGCAUAUUCCUGAGGCCUACCUAGGAACAUCAAAGCACACCUGCACACAGGCAUAUAUCCCUUUGGGACAAACACACCCUCAGGCAUAUGCCUGCAUGGCUCACAUGGAUAUCCUACACGCCCAUGUGCAGACUGAAGCAACAGCUGUUUCCAAACUCAGGCACAGCCCACAGCUCACUUGUCUCUCUCUGCACACUCUGCCAGCGUUUUGAAAUGAAGACUGGAGAUGGUGCACAUAUGAUUAAUUCACAUGGAUGUUCACAGAUGCAUAAGAACUUGGGCUUGCCCUCACUACCUUCCAGUCCACUUGGUGGAUUAUGGGAGCCCUAACCUGGGAAGGACAGAGUUCCAAGAAAGGCCCUAGAUCCACACUAUACCCUCCACUGGGGCUCCCUGACUGUCCUAUGCCUACUGUAGUUGCAUCCCCCUUCCCAUUUUUCCUUGUAAGGACCACAUAGGAAGCUUCUGGCUUUUGCAAGCUUUACUCCAACAGUGACGUCAGCUUUCUCUGGACCUUGAGAACAAUCAGGAACAUGUGAUUCACCUCUGAUAAUCAGGCUUCAUGAGCCAUGCCUUCCCAGUCUACCCCUUCGGAGCCCACCUGCCCGUGGAACUACUGCCCUGGGGAUUGAGAGGCAACAGGGACCCCCAAGGACUGAGGCCAGAUGACUCCAGGGGCUAGUCCAACUUCAGCCUUAGCCUUGACCUUCUCAUGAUAAAGGCAUCCAUUAUAAAGCAACCCUUCACCUCCCUUAGGUGAGUAUUCCCAAAUCCCUGCCAUACCCAGGACCAAGAGAGGUCUUGGUUCCUGCAGCCCUAAUCCUCCCAUCCUGACCUUGGGCCCUAGGGAAAAUCUCCAUCAGGCAGAAUUUAGGCCCCCCAGGAAGAUUACACAACCAGAACCUGUCCAGCCUUCAAGGGACCUCAGUGUCCUCUAUUAGGGACAUUCCUUACAGCCACUGUUCUCUGCCUGGGGUCAGGGUUAGGGCCUCCUGCAUACAUAUGCCUCAGGCUAGGGUGGGCAGGUACCCAGACAGGUUACUAGGUAUGACUUAGAUGGCAGUAAAUUCCAGAUAUACAACCUCCCUACCUCCAGGACUCCUGGGAAACCUGUUGAUCAGAUUCCAGGGGGUUAGGCUGGCUGAUCUCCAAAGGAAUAUUUAGAAGAACCCAAAGACUCAGUGCCCACCAAUUUAGUCCCAUUGUCCUCUUCUCCCUGUUUCAGCCCUUCAAAGCCCAAAGACUGUCACAGGGAACUGACAGGUGGGUGUAAGCUGAGCAUAUGUGGGACCUCUUUCUAUGAUGUAAUGACGAUGUCCCAAACUCACCCCACCUCCAUGGCUUGUGUUCUACAUAUGUCUCUAAACAAAACUGGCUUCCAUGGCUACCCUACUAAGGCUGGACUCAGGAGGGAAAAAUCUUCCUGGGACUUUAAGAGUUAAAUUAUCCCUCCAUUCCCUACUCCAGUUCUGUUAGACUUCUCAUCCUUAAGGUCCCCAAGUCAGGACCUCCAUCCUUCCCAGCCUCCAACCCCCAACCAACAGGGAGUGCUAUAGGCCUCAGGAAUAAUCAGAGUGAGUCCCAGAGCCCAGACAGAACCACUCCAGCAACCAUGUCUGGCUCCCAGCAGCAGCAACCAUGAGGGCAGGUGCUGGCACUGUCUAAGGCACCUGGGCAGUGGGGCUUGAUGGUGUGAAAGCCGAUGUGAUCCACUCAGGAUUGGUAGCCUCCUUUGGUGCUUUUGCCUAAAGACAAAGACAGCAGGUCAGGGAUCUGGCCAACAUCACCUAGAGCAGAACCCAGUGUCGAGACAGAGUGGCCUCAACUCUGGAACCCAGGCAGGCCCUCACUCACCUCCUCAUACUUUGUACUCCAGUAGAAAUGGGCUUCUCUAUCCACAUACAGUAGCAACAGGUCACAGAGGAAGGUGAUCUGGGAGAGUCAGGGCCCACCAUGUCCUGGUUCCCCAACUUCUCCUGCCACCACCCAAACCCCACACUGAGAUACAACGUGCAGGCUCAGAGGGCUCUGGCAGACCCAGGCAGGUGCUCACUGUAGCCAGAGGGAGCCUAUCCGUGGUAGUUGUACUUACCACACCUAGCCAAGCAGCUCCAGUGCCCACUGUGAUGGCUGUGGGGAUGAGCCCAAACUUCCCUGCCUGAGAAAGACCUGGGCUGAGCUUCUCAGGCCAUGACUGUUACCUCAAGCUUCUUCCAGGCCCAUCUGCCUGCCUUCCCCAUCCCCUGGAUCCACCCCUACCUGCCCAGUGACAAGAAUGUCAAAGCGGAUCCCGUAGAGCUUGAGCAGGCUCCGAGCUUCCACACCUGGGGCUUUCCACCAGUGACUGGCUGUCCUGGGGGCAGGAGAGAGGGCUCUGGUGGUCUGUGCUGCCCAUUCCCAGUUUGGGCUGGUUUUCCCAGACUUCCAUUUUACUUAUCUAUUGGCCCCAUAAAUCCCAUGACCAAGCCUGAAUCCUGGGUCUUAACCCAGCAUAGUUGCUAAGGACAUAGGGAAAAAGCAAACCAGGACUGGACCCAAGGAAGCUCCCUGCCUGAUCGGGUGUGGGGGUCUCUAAAUAGACAUCAGGAAUGGGAGGAGUGAAGGGUGGGCAGUGGGAUGAGAGGAGGAAGGAAGGGUGGAAAAGGAGGAACGAAGAGUGAAUUUGGAGGCAGGCCCAGUACUAUGAAAACCCUGAGGCAGGAAUUCACUUUCCCCUGGGAACUGGAAAAAAAUGUACCUGCAGAUAGUUUCCCAGUGCUCAAGGAGUUCUAGAAAGAGAAAGUAGGGCCAGCGAGAACCCACGGGUGGGAGGAACAGGACAGGAGGGGAGCCAGCCCCAUAAAAUUCCCAGCCCUCUGGGGAAUUUUAUGUGAAUUGUGAGAAGGGACAUAAUUCCCAGUCCUGAUGGCUAUGUGCACACAUAGGUGUUUCUGUGUGCACACAUAGGUGUUUCUGUGUGCACAUCAAGGUGACACUAGGUGAGACAGAAGGAUUCAGGGCAGGGGGAGGUCUGUGUAGGAAGACAAAGACAUGACAGUAAGUGCAAUUUAAGACCCUUGAGUGAUUCCUGAAUUGGAAAAUGUAAAGGUUUUUUUGGGGGGGGUACUGGAGAUUUUAACCCAGGGGUGCUUUACCACUGAGCUACAUCCCCAGAUUUUUUUGUUGUUGUAUUUUAUUCUGAGACAGGGUCUCAUUAAGUUGCUUAGGGCCUUGCUAAAUUGCUGAGGCUGGCCUUGAACUUGGGAUCCUCCUGUCUCAAUCUCCCAAGUCCCUGGGAUCACAGUGUACACUGCCACAACUGACUUGGAAAAUAUGAAUAUUUAGCACAUUUUUGGCACAUCUAGGGAAAU